AUGAAACUGACCGAGAACGGCAUCUCACGUAACGAGAACGGCAACCCCAAGGCCGGCUACGGCAAAUCCGAGUACGGUCAGCCCACCGGCGGCUACGUCCAGCAGGGUGGCUGGAGCUACAGCGACGACUACGGCAACCCCAUCCAGGUACAGGGAUACGACGAGGACAUCCAAAGCGAGGAGAACGUCCACCCGGGCGACGGCACCUACCAGUUCAGCUUCCAGACUGAGAAUGGCAUCUCACGUAACGAGAACGGCAGCCCCAAAGCCGGUUACGGCAAAUCCGAGUACGGCCAGCCCACCGGCGGCUACGUACAGCAGGGUGGCUGGAGCUACAGCGACGACUACGGCAACCCCAUCCAGCACCCGGCCGGCUACGGCAAGCCCUUUGCCAUCCUCAGCGAGGAGAACGUCCACCCGGGCGACGGCACCUACCAGUUCAGCUUCCAGACCGAGAACGGUAUCUCACGUAACGAGAACGGCAGCCCCAAUGACGGCUACGGUAAAUCCGAGUACGGCCAGCCCACCGGCGGCUACGUCCAGCAGGGCGGCUGGAGCUACAGCGACGGCUACGGUAACCCCAUCCAGAAUGUCCACCCGGGCGACGGCACCUACCAGUUCGGCUUCCAGACCGAGAACGGCAUCUCACGUAACGAGAACGGCAACCCCAAGGCCGGCUACGGCAAAUCUGAGUACGGCCAGCCCACCGGCGGCUACGUCCAGCAGGGCGGCUGGAGCUACAGCGACGAUUACGGCAACCCCAUCCAGACCGAGAACGGCAUCUCACGUAACGAGAACGGCAGCCCCAAGGCCGGCUACGGCAAAUCCGAGUACGGCCAGCCCACCGGCGGCUACGCCCAGCAGGGCGGCUGGAGCUACAGCGACGGCUACGGCAAACCCAUCCAGGUGACGUUUGUUGCCGACGAAAACGGCUACCAGCCGUCUAGCGACAUCCUGCCGACGCCGACCGAGAACGGCAUCUCACGUAACGAGAACGGCAGCCCCAAGGCCGGCUACGGCAAAUCCGAGUACGGCCAGCCCACCGGCGGCUACGUCCAGCAGGGCGGCUGGAGCUACAGCGACGGCUACGGCAACCCCAUCCAGGUGACGUUUGUUGCCGACGAGAACGGUUACCAGCCGUCUAGCGACAUCCUGCCGACGCCGACCGAGAACGGCAUCUCACGUAACGAGAACGGCAGCCCCAAGGACGGCUACGGCAAAUCCGAGUACGGCCAGCCCACCGGCGGCUACGUCCAGCAGGGCGGCUGGAGCUACAGCGACGAUUACGGCAACCCCAUCCAGACCGAGAACGGCAUCUCACGUAACGAGAACGGCAGCCCCAAGGCCGGCUACGGCAAAUCCGAGUACGGCCAGCCCACCGGCGGCUACGUCCAGCAGGGCGGCUGGAGCUACAGCGACGGCUACGGCAACCCCAUCAAGGUGACGUUUGUUGCCGACGAGAACGGCUACCAGCCGUCCAGUGACAUUCUGCCGACGCCGGUGCCGACCGAGUACCCGCUGCCGAUCGUGCCACAGACAGUAUAA